AUGGGGUCCGAAUACGGUGCCACGGCUGAGUCCAAGGCCCAGAUUGAUCUCGGCCCCGUCACCAUCUGGUGGGCUGUCUGGGCAUGUGUCUGGACUUCUGCCCUCGUGGCCGGUAUGGCCUAUCUGAUCGCCAACCGUGAUAUGCCGACUCUUCGCAUUCGAGGCCUCGCUCUAUCGUUAACUUCUAUCGCUAUUCUUCAUUUAUACUGGCUCCCGACCCAGUUCGCAACUAUGAUCGGAACUAUCCUGCCGGGUGACUGCGCCUAUUGGCUUAUGGGAACCUUGCUGCCCUGUGGCAUGGCGCUCUUCCAUGGCUCUAACACUCGCUUCCAACAUGUCGCAAAGCUCCAGAGAAAAUUUGCUCUGGACGGACACCGUUUCACUGAACCGCCUACCUUGGAACACAAGAAUGGGUUGAUCAACCGUUUCCGUGCUCUCGGAUAUACCACCAAGAUUCUUAUUUACGUUGCUAUCGCAAUGUUUGCUCAGGUGUUUCUCACUGUCCUCAUGUGGGUGAUCUCCCGCAAGUACCAUAGCUCAUGGGGUAUUCCCGGCACCGGAGUCCAUGGUACCCCUGCAGAGGUGCUCGCGGCGCAAGGUGCAGGAUGGGAAUGGUGGCCUGGUGUGGUCUCGCAGUUCUUCUGGUCUUGGAUCGUUGCCCCCGUCGUCCUUUGGAAGUCUCGCAACAUCCACGAUACCCACGGCUGGCGAGUCCAGACCAUUGGCUGCGCUGUUUCCAACCUACACGCUACCCCAAUGUGGCUCAUCGGUCUCUACGUCCCCGCCAUGGCCCCGGUUAACGCGGUCUUCGUUCCUCCCCAGUGGAUCUGCCUAUCCAUCAUGUUCAUCGAAAUCUUCACAGUCUUCCUCCCCUGCUGGGAAGUAAUGCGCCACCAAUCCCUCCGACAAGAAACCCUCGAGUCGAUUGCGCGCUGGGAACUAAAGGUCAAAUCCACCGGCUCCGAACAAAAUUCCCUCCACUCCGACGUGACAAUGGUAGCAUCGAUGAUGUCAGGCUGGAAAUCGAACAGCUCGACAAGCACAUUCAACUCCCGCGACAGUAUCCUCACAAUGGGCGCACUCGAGCACGUCCUCGAGCGCAACCCUGCCCCACUACAAGAAUUCUCCGCUCUGCGCGAAUUCUCUGGCGAGAACAUCGUCUUCCUGACCAGCGUCGCAGAAUGGCGCAGCCGACUACCCCAAUCCAUCAAAGACGGCAGCGCCCUCCAAGAAAAGAGCCAGCGCGACAUCGUCCGCGAACACUUCAACCGCGCGCUGCACAUCUAUGCGGAGUUUAUCAGCGUCCGCCAUGCUGAGUUCCCGGUCAAUAUCUCGAGCCAGGAGCUGAAGAAGCUGGAAGACAUUUUCGAGAAACCGACGCGUCUUCUGUACGGCGAGGAGCGCGAGUGUGAUCCCACCACCCCCUUUGAUAAAUUCACUUUUGAUUUGCCGUCGCCGGCUUCUGUGGACUCUGGGAAGACUAUGCAGGCUGAGAUGGCGGGGUCGAUUAAGGACCGCGUGCAAUACUGGGGUGAUAUUCCGGCGGACUUUGAGGCUUCGAUCUUUGAUGCUGCGGAGGCUAGUAUUAAGUACCUUGUGCUUACGAAUACUUGGCCUAAGUUCAUUAAGGAUCGCAGGACUUCGGUUGGUUCGUCGAUCGAGACUCUCAAGGUUGAGGUCUAG